AUGCAUCGUAAACUAGAUUAUGAUGAACUGAAUUAUGAUGAAAAAAUUCAAAUAGGUCCAUUAACAAAGAAAUUAAAAACUUCAAUUAUAUCUAUGGAUCAAACAAAAUUAAACAAUAAUUAUGAAAAUAUAUCAUUGAAUACAAAACAAUCAUUACAUUCAUUUACAAUUGAUAAAUAUUCUCAAAAUGAUCCAUUAAAAUUAACUAUUUUAUCUCAAUUACCAGCUCAGCCUUCAUCAUCAGUAUUUCCUAAUCGAAAACGACGAUAUCGUAAAUCUCAAGAAAUCUAUGGAGUUAAUUCUUUAACACCUUGUUCAACAACAAAAACAAAUGGUGAAAUACGAAGAAAAUCAGAUCUUUCUUGCGUUGUUUGCCAUGCUGUUGCGCAUGGAUAUAACUUUGACGCAAUAUCAUGUGAAUCAUGUAAAGCAUUUUUUCGAAGAAAUGCACUUUUUAAUACGGAUCGAUUGAAAUGUCGUCGUGAUGGAACUUGUGAAAUAACACUUGAAACAAGACGUAGAUGUAAAUCAUGUCGAUUAAAAAAAUGUUUUGCUGUUGGCAUGAGAAAAGAAUGGAUUUUAACAGAAGAAGAAAAAGUAAAUAAGAAACGUCGUAUUGAAGAAAAUAGACGACUUCGAGCAUCAAAUUCAAAUGAUCAUCAUAUACUAUUAAAAGAUUCAAUUAGAAAAUAUGAAUCAAAUUUACAAAAUAUUUUUAUUAAUAAAUAUGAAAAAUCUUCAUUAAAAACUAAAACAUAUGAUCAAUCUAGUAAUAUUAUAAGUAAUGUUACAAUAGCUUAUCAUGAUAGAAUUAAAUUAGAUCUUACUGGUUAUGGUUGGUCAUAUCCAUUAGCACGAAAAAUUACUGGUUUAUAUCAAAUAAUUAAUGCAAAAAAUACUACAGCACUUCGUCUUAUAAGUUUUUAUAAAAGUUUAUAUGAUUUUGAUAUUCUUAAUGAAAUCGAUAAAAUUAAUUUAAUCAAAAAUAAUUUACGUUAUAUAUUAUUCUUUAAUGCUUCUCUUAAAUAUGAUCCAAUCCAUGAUGUUUAUCAUGAAGAAAAUACUAAUGAUAAACCUCUAUAUGGUGCUCAUAUACGUGAAGCAUAUGGUAUUGAUCAUUAUAUUCAAUGUACAAAGAUAAUACGUGCUCUACAUUCAAUAGUUCAAAUUGAUAAACGUAUCAUGCUUGUUGCACUUGUAAUAUUUCUAUUUUCUAAAGGUCUUUCAACUACGACAAAUACAAAUGAAUCAUUAAUAAAUAAUUAUCAACAAAUAUUUCAAACACAAAAUAAAUAUGUUGAACAUUUAUGGUUAUUUAUUGAAAAAACUUAUGGAUAUGUUCGAGCUGUUCAUAUUUUUUCAGCAUUAAUUAAUAAAUGUUUACUUAUACAAGAACUUAUUAAUGAUACUCAACAUAAUGUUUAUGAAAAAUUUGAACGAUGUCAAGUACCAACUAGUCUACGGAGUAUUAUACAAACAGCAUAA